AUGGGGAUGAACAAGGAAGACAUUAUGAGCUCGAAAGGAAUUUGCCAUCAUCACAUGAUGUACACGCGAUACUUGAACCUAGACAUGUCUUACAAGAAUUAUCGCAAACUGAGCAAGUAGUUCCGAUUAUAAAAUAUUGGUCUACACAGGAUUGUAAAUUAAAAGAUAGAUUAUUAAAUUAAUUAUAUUUUUAUCCACAAUACAGUGCUAGAUGUGCAAGUAGCACACUAACUAGGGCAUGCUAAACAACUUUAAACAGAUUUAUAAAACUUUGGAACACAUGUUGAGCAAUUGCUAGAACUACUACAAACUAGACAAUUGCUUGAACAAGCAACACAUUUUUGCAAUAUAUUCUUAUAAAAUCCGGGUUGGCAUGUGUAGCAUGUCGAAGGAACAAAACAACUUAUGCAAUUAGAUGAGCAACUCUCACAUGAGCCAUUAAAAUCUACAUAUCCUGGAUCACAGCCCCAAGUUACUAAAUUAGUAAUAUAAGCCAUUCUUACAUGUAAUGCACAUUAGAAUAAUGAUUUUUAAUAAGUAGUUGGACAUUAAAAAAACAAUUAAUAAUAUUUGAAGAAAUUGAUGAUGUGA